GAUGGUCCUGCGCCGGCUGCUCUUCGCCCUGCUCAACGACCCGCGGCUCCUGGACCGGCUGGCGGAAGCGGGGCCGAUCCGGACGGCCGCGCGCCUAACCGCCGCCGCCCUGACGCGCGGACUGCGCCUGCGCGACACCUUCCUGCGCGAGCUGAAGGAGGAGGCGGCGCGCGCCAAGGACGCCUGGCCCAACCAGGGGCGCGGGAAGAAGGGGCGGGACUCGUGACCAGCUUCCGGGGAGCGCCGA